UCGAAUCGGUGCCGCGCGCGCAGGAAGGCUGAUGAUCAUCACAGAGUCGUCACGUCACGGAUCCGCAGCGACCGAUAGAGAUGCUGAGGUGACAGGCAGAAGGAGAAAAGGGACGACCACAUAUCAGACAUAUUUCACCCUCCGCUCGUUUAUCUCGCACCAACCGACCGCGACCACCUCCGUCACCGCCUCCACCUCCACCACCGCCUCCACCUCUCCUCCAUGGACGUUCCGCUCGCUAUGGGAUUCCGCUCGAUGUCGUCCCCGCCGCCUCUAAACGUAGCGGAUUUUUUGUAACCACACCCGGCUCUUCAUUGGAUCAAGGAUUGGCAGCAAAGACCCAAGGGUUCUCCAUCAAGGCCCAAAUGCCCGUCCAAGUCUGAGGCCACUGGUCGAGGGGGGAAGCAGUGAGGACAGCGUCCCUGGUCCACAGACGGGAUGAGCGGGGGAGCGGAGCAAACUGACAUCCUAAGCGUGCUCUCCCUGGUCAAGGAACGAUGGAAAGUGGUGAAGAAGAUCGGGGGCGGUGGGUUCGGGGAGAUCUACGAGGCGCUGGACCUGCUGACGCGGGUCAGCGUGGCGCUGAAGGUGGAGUCGGCCCAGCAGCCCAAACAGGUGCUCAAGAUGGAGGUCGCCGUGCUCAAGAAGCUCCAGGGUAAGGACCAUGUGUGUCGCUUUGUGGGAUGUGGCCGCAACGACCGCUUCAACUACGUGGUGAUGGAGCUUCAGGGUCGUAACCUGGCAGACCUGAGGAGGAGUAUGACCCGGGGAACCUUCAGCAUCAGCACCACCCUGCGUCUGGGCCGCCAGAUCCUGGAGGCCAUAGAAAGCAUCCACUCUGUCGGCUUCCUGCAUCGUGACAUCAAACCAUCCAACUUCGCAAUGGGCCGCUUCCCUAGUACCUGUCGGACCUGCUACAUGCUGGACUUUGGUUUAGCUCGCCAGUUCACCAACUCUUGCCAGGAGGUCCGACCUCCCCGUCCAGUGGCAGGGUUCAGGGGAACAGUCCGCUAUGCAUCUGUCAAUGCUCACAAGAAUAAGGAGAUGGGUCGUCACGAUGACCUGUGGUCUCUCUUCUACAUGCUGGUGGAGUUUCUGGUCGGUCAGCUGCCGUGGAGGAAGAUCAAGGACAAAGAACAUGUGGGGAAGCUGAAGGAUACUUACGACCAUCGUCUGAUGCUCAAACACUUGCCGGCAGAGUUUGGCGUGUUCUUGGAGCACAUCUCAAGCCUCGACUAUUUCACGAAGCCGGACUACCAGCUGCUGAUGUCAGUGUUUGACAACAGCAUGAAAACCUACAAUGUCGUGGAGAAUGACCCUUAUGACUGGGAGCGAACCAGCACUGAUGGCACUUUGACAAUCAGUGCCAGUGCCACAACACCGCAACAUCACACUCGCCUCACUCCGGCACACAUGGGCAUGGCAAAUGCCUCUCUGAUCCCUGGCGACCUGAUGAGGGAAAACACAGAUGAGGUUCUGCAGGAUGAACAGCUCAGCGACGUGGAGAACAACCCCGCUCCCGAGCGCCUGCCGGGCUCUCCCCUCCACCCGCACCGCAACCAGGAGGCUGACGUCUGGGAGGAGCUGGAUCGCAACCGUAACCGCAUCAGGACAGCAGUGUGGAAGGGGGCAACGGAGGAGGAACACAGCAACAACCAGGGCAACCACGGGCACCAGAGCCCCUAUGCUGGGCCAAGCCUGGGCUCCCCAGUCAAACUGCCCUCUGAGGUGGUGGCUUCAGACCGUGAUGGCCCCCUGCUGAGGAAGCUCCGCAACAUUCACAGUUUUGAGCUGGAGAGGAGGCUUGGUCUGGAGUCCAAGCCCAGUCCAGACCGCUUUGUGGAGGCCUGCUCAGGGAAGCAGCAGCUUGGCGCCCAGCACCAGGAGAAGGAGGCUGACGGGCCUGCGAUCAUCCCAGUAACUCAGGGUCAAGCUGUACCUGCCGGGGAGCGGCCUGAUAGGGUCUGGCACUACGAUGAGGAGUUCUUGUCUGGCGGUGGCUCUCCUAAGCCGGCAUCCUCUGGAUCUCUGGAGCAGGGAGAGGGGGCAGCCAGCAGUGGGGGCUUUGUGGCCCUCAAUCUGAGCUCUGGGAGGCAGGACGUUGACUCAAGGGAGUGGGUGAUGGUGGAGCGGCCUGGUGGCUCUCCAGGAGCCAAGGUUACAACCAGCCCCUCGGAGGAGGAUGAGGAGCCGGAGGUGCUCCAGCCGGGGGAUCAGUCUCCUGGAUGGGAAAAGGGCAGUCCAAGCCCUAACUCUGGUAAAACCAAACAAGAAAGCAUGGCUUCCUCCAAGGGAAGCACAAAAGUGGACAAGUUGGAGCUUAGCGUGGGCCCUGUGGGGGCUCUGCCUCCCAUCACUCCAACCAGCCCAGCUGAAGCUCUGGCUGAGGGAGUCCUCACCCAGCUCCCCACCUCUCCUCCAUCCCUGCCUGAGGAGGUGGCGAUCCGGACAUCAAGCCCCAUCCCUCUGCGCUCUCCCAGCCCUCACACACUCCUGACCACCCUGUCGGACCCGUUGCACCUGCGCCAGCCACCGAACAUGAGGCGCAGCCAGUCCGUCGACCAUCAGCAACAGGAGCGCCCCUCCUCCUCCUCCUCCUGCCACGCCUCCCUACCACUACCACCAAACCCCGCCCCCGGCACCUGCUCACCCAGUCGCAGGAAACUGCCGGCCAUCCCGGCGGGCGCUGCCAACGCCAAGUUUCCCUCUGUCAUACGCAUCACUCGCGCCCAGCUUCAGCAGCUGACAGCUCAGCGUCCCUCUGGGCUGUCCUCGCAGUCAGGAUCAGACAGUGCUCCACAGUGCCUCCUGCUGGAGAGGCGUGGUGAAGCUGAAGCUGAGGCUCAGCAGAUGCAGGAGCACACAGCGGACAUCAGUUCACCCCAGGACCAUGUGCCCACCCAUCCAGGGACACCCACAGACCCCCUGGCUGAGAUGCUGGUCAAUGGAGACAUCCACAGCAAAGCUCAAAGCCCCGCGUCAAACCGUGUGUCUUCCCCACGCUCCCCCCGUUCUCCACUCCCGCCUCCUCUGCGCUCACCUUCCUCUCCACGCUCUCCACGCUCUCCCCACUCUCCCCACUCUCCUCGCUCCCCUCGCAGCCCUGAUCUUGCCAACGGCCACCUCUCUCCUCCUGUUAACAGCCAAAGGGAUUUAAGUAACGGAGCAUUCCCCAAACUGAAAGACCCUGAGAAUGAUCCCGGCCCGACUCCCUGUGCCACAGAGCCUCAGCUAGAAGAUGGGAGCAGAGAUGUGAACCACGUCCCAGAUCAGACCAACGGACCCACUUCCUCCCCGGCUGCCCCCCGUAAGGACCCUAGUCGAAGGCAAAGUCGCAUCCCAGUCCUGGAGCCCUCCAGCCUGCUGGAGCUCCCUCCUCCAGGGUCUGCUAAGGAGAAACUCCUGCAGAAGAAAGCUAACCACCCGGGCCCAGUCCCCUCCCCCACUGCCUCACCAUCCCUCUCUGAUAGGCGUGGCCCCAUGGUGGCCUCCCUCGCCCGGGACCCACUGUCCUCCACAUCUGACCGCUCUCAGGACGAGGACUCUCUCAUGGGCUCCCGUUCUGACCGCCAGGGAGACGAUGCUCCUUCCCUCUCCUCCUCCUCCAGCCCUCUGUCCCGCAAGAGCAGGAUCCCUCGCCCCGUUCACCCAGCUACGUCUGCUGAGCAGCUGGCUGCGCAAUUCUUGCCGCGCCCACCCCCUGGAAAGCCACCUUGCCGCCCCACAGUGGAGGGCAGGCUUAGGCGUUACCGCAUCCGAGCCGGCAGCAACAGUGACUCAGACCUCCUGACAUGCCUUGCUCAACUGAUGCAUGGCUCCCGUGGCUCCCCCCUCCACCACCGCUCCGCAGCCCAGCACGGAGGCUCCAGGAUGGGCAUCUGCAGCCUGACGAGCUCCCCACACCACCACCGCAGCUCCAGCGCUUCCCCGCGCAGCUCCUCCUCCCUGCAGCGCUCUGUCAGCUCCUCGCCCUCCCGCCACGAGCACCGCGGUGGCGGGGGAGGGGGUUGCCUGGGCCGCAGCCGCUCGCCCCCCAGCUUCUCCGGCUCGCCACCCCCCCGCCGCUUCUACCCUCACCACCAGGAGACUUGCUGCAGCCGCCAGGCUCGCACGGGCCCCUUCCACCUGUCCAGGGGGAAAGGCUGCAGCCGAGAGGGCAAGUGCUCCAGCAAGCUGAGCAGAUAGUUGCCCACCAAGCUGCGCUGCCACAGCAGAGGAGACUCCUGUUAAAAUAGGGUAGACCGCAGUCAGGAUACAAGCCUUCCUGUAAUCUUCCUGUACAACUUUCCCUUUUUGAACCUUACACUUGUCUCGCUGUUUCCCACUGUUCUCUUCACUUCUAUUUGCACACAGGAUUUGUCAUUAAUUUAUGUGCCCAGCUUUAAAGGGGUACUCCAGCGAUUUAGUAUUGCACUUCCAUAGUUUUUGGACUUGUUUGAAAAAGAAUGAUCAAUAUUUGUGCAGCAGAAGCCAAUAUAUCCUGACUUUUAGUCGGUUAAACUCUAAGAAUGUUGGUUCCUACUAGGGAUGCACCGAUAUGGACUUUUUCAACCGAUACCAAUAACCGAUAAUUACCUGCUUCUCAUGGCCGAUAACCAACGAUAACCGACAAUUUCACAUAUUUGUUUUUAAAACGAGGUGUAAAUCCUGUACUGUAUGUCCACCUGAGGGUAAGAAAGGCUCAGAUGUAAUGAGAAUAUGGAUGAUUUAAUAUUCCAUAACCUUGACCGAACCAAAUCAAACUGACAUCACUAUUAACACAACAAAAACAAAGAACAGUUCUGACUUUUCCAUACCUGCUAAAAUUAGGCUGUGAAAAAGAUAGAGAUUUUUUGGGGUGUUGUCAAAUGGCCUACCCUCAAUGCCCCUGCCCCCAUACAACCCUACACUACAGAUGAAUAUGAUAAAUGAAUAUAAAAUGUCUCUAAAUCAGUUUUAAAUUUAUAGGUAACGGUAAGAGAGAGGGAGAUUAUGAAGCCCAGUGUUACUGUGUAAUUCUCUGGUGUAUUAAUAAAGUGUAUAAACUACACUGCAGAGUGAAGUCUCUACUAACAGAGACAAGGGAUGUUCCUGGCGACUAAUUUCCUUACUCGAGCAUUACCACGGGGAGAGGGACUGCUGUCUGACGGCUCUGUAGCACCCACUAGUGGUGGGCGGCUGCAUGACAAUUAAGCAGCCUUGUACACAAAUAAAACACGAAUAGGUUUAACCGACAAAUAUUUCUGGUGCUGAUUAGCAAGGGGGCAGAUGUUUAAUCGGAUUAGACGAUUAAUCACACGCAUCCCUAACAGAGACAAACACUGACAGAUGACUCAUAUAAUCAUCACAGGUCUGCGUUGCAUCUGGUGUAUGAAAUGUUUAUGUCGUCACACUGCAACACACCCAGGCGCCAUCUCACCCUCCCACGAUAGACUAGCCUACAGCCACCAAGCAGAAUAACGAUGCGCUAUUGAUUCACCUCACACAUUACACUCUGGAGACGACCCUUCAGAGCUGUUUCAGAGAUCAGAGAUCAGACCCUUGGCGCAAUUCUGUUGUCUUCCUCUGGAACUGUGAAAGACAUCCGCACUGCAACAUGUUUUGCCCUCUAGACAGCGUGCUGCAGUUGUAGUUGUUCUUCGUCUUUGUGUUUAUUGGCGGCUCUCAAACCAAGUUUAAAGGUACCUGUACGGCCACCCACUGUGUCGGGUGUGUAGAUGCUGCCCUUGUUAGGUCAGUGAAAGCAGUGGGGCUUUGUAUUAUCGGUGCUAUUUAUUGGCUAGAACUUUAAUUAUCGGAAUAAUGUGUAAUUAUAAAAAUGUUCCAUUAUCAGCCCUUUAUAUAUAUAUAUAUAUAUGUAUAUAUAGUGCAUCCCUAGUCCCUACAUUUCCCAUAAUGCAACCACACCUGCAGUUUUUAAUAAAAUUGUUGACAGGCUGAAUAAUCGGUGGAGUGCCCCUUUAUGAGAACUCAUCAGACGAGAUUUUGACAUGUCAGGGUCCUGAUUUUAUUUAUAUCAUGAUGUAGAGCAAAAAAAAAAAAAAGAAACACCUGCAAACUUAAACUGUUAUUUCCCAAUGCAGGCAGAACUAUAAUAUAUAAACCAAUAGCUAGCUGGACCAGUGGGCACAUAAAUAAAUGAAUUUCCUGUCUCUUCAUCCUCAUGCAUCCUGCACCAUGAUAUAAUGUAACUUAUUUAUCCCCAGUAUUAAUGCACUUGGAUUAUACUGAUGGAAUAUCAGUAUAGCUGAUGAUAUCUUAAUUAAAUAUUGGCCUGGGGUUGACUUGGUUAUCUCCUCUGCAUUUGGAGAUCGCAGGCAGGGUUAUAUAAUAAUUUACCUUACGCUACCUGUGAAUGCAUAAAGCCAGAAUUUGUGUACAGUUGUAUUUAUUGAGAUAUUUAUUUUGACGCUUAGCGACGCUUACGAGUCCUACCCUCUUCUGUGUGAUAGUGGAUGUGUGGUUUUGUGUCGCUCACAUUAGUUUUAAAUGUUUAAAAUCGAAGGGAUCACUCCAAAGUGACCCCUUUUGUACAAUCAAUCAUGUCAAGUGCGUGAGGACACACACCUUUUUGUGCCUACUGUGUUGCUACGAGGGAAUCAAACUGUCACACUGACUGAGGGGAUUACAGGCUGUGGUAGCUGUACAGUGGUAGCAGUAGAGAGCUUAAGCGACACAAGGUACAUUACUGAUGAGUAAUGUUCAGACACAGAUGUUUGUCUCAGCAUGUGCCUUGGCACUUUGGGCAGCUUGAGGAUUCACCUUGUUUGUAAUUAGACAAAAACAGGAGCCAAAAACAGACUUGUGCCAGCGGUUAUAAGACGAACCGUUUCACCAGUAUUCUUUGUUAAGGUAGCAACACAAAUGUUUGUAAAUCAAACACAAUUUGAGCAGCAGUUUACUUGAGUAGCUAUUAUUUGUAAUGAAAACAUGGAAAUAUUUCAAGUGAAACCCGUCUUAGCUGCACUCUUAGAAAAAAAGGAGAAUCCUUUUUGGUUCCUGAUCGAAACUUUAUUGAGGUCCCCCCCUUGAACCCUUUCAUAGGGUUCAACCUAGAAUUAAACAGAAGGGUUAUACCUAGAACCAUCUGUGAGAGGUUUCACCCAGAACCCCCUAUGAGAAGUUGUACAAAGAACCCUGGGGUAAUGGUCCCACCCAGAACCCUCCCUUACCCCUUUUCCACCAACAUGGAACAGGUUCUGUCCCGGUUCCUGCACCUAAUUUUGAACUGUUCAGGUUUUUUCGACCAAAUGUAAAUUAGUUCGGAACCUGUAAAGUUGGUUCUCAGCUAGAAACCAAGAAAAAAAAUUCUUAACCAGAAGUGCAAACCGUGAUGACAUUAGUAGGCGUUUUCUACCAAUUGGAAAGAAAGGAUGGAGAAGGCAACAAUGGUGAAAUCAAGUGAGAAAUCUUUAGGAAAAAAGUGUGCAGUGGCCUUAUUAAAAGUUCGUCCAUGCUUGUUUAUGGAUUAAAACCAAUAUUCAUGGGUAAGCAAUGCGAUCCACCAUUUUGCUACUACUGUUAAAGACAUACCUGAUUACAAUGGUGGAAAUAUUGGCUGGUUGGCCAAGUAUCACCAAGGUUCCAAGAAUGCUGAAUGGACCUGGUUCAAGAACCAGAGCUAAUUUGGUGGGAAAACGCUAUUGGGGGGAUCUAUCCAUAACCACGUCCAUCAGCCUUAAGCUUCAUAAAGUUCCUGAAGAGCUGGGGCUGAUGUGGUCCAAUGCAGCCCACAACACUCAUGGUUCUGCUACAGCCUUUACUAUUAUCCAAAUUAGAAUGGAAUACAAAAUGUAUCAGGCACUCUUAAAAUAAAAAAAGAAUUUUCAUACUAUGUGGUAUUGAAUGGCAUGAAGUGAUGGUAGUUGAUAUCUAACUAUGGCAGAACAAUUGAUUAAAGGGAUUCCAGAUGCUUCAAGCCUACAUUUAAAAUACAUGGGUAAAAAUCUAGAUAUUUAAUAGUGAGGAUAUUUUCACAACCAUGCUUUCAGCAAUCCUUGGAGAACUCUUUCUUCAAAAACGAGUUCUUUGGGUGAAAAGGGUUCUUAGUGGAACCCAUCCUCUCUAAAAGGACCCUUGAAAAACCUUUCUUCACAGAACGUUUUUUGUUGGAUGAAAAGAGUUGUUAUUGGGACGCUUAGUCUUACAAUGAGCCCUCGAAGAUCCCUCUCCUCAAAAAGGGGUUCUAUAGAUGAAGGGUUGUUAAUGGAACCCUUAAUCUUAAAAGAACCCUUGAAGAACCCUGUCUACAAAAAAGGGUUCUAUUGAUGAAAAGUUUUUUUAAAGGAACCUCACGUCUCACAAAGAACCCUUGACAAACCCUUUCCCCCAAAAAAGAGUUCUGUGGAAGAGAAGGGCACUCAGUGGAACACUUUGUCUUAAAAAGAACCCUUGAAGAACCCUCUCCUCAAAAAUGGGUUCUAUGGAUGAAAAGGGUUUUUAAUGGAACCCUUCAUCUCACAAAGAACCCUUGAAAAACCCUUUCUUAAGAAAAGUCUUUGAUGGUUGAAAGGGGUUUCUUAAUGGAACCCUGUGUCUCUCAAAUUACCCUUGAAGAACCCUUUCUUCAAAAAAAAAAAAAAGGUUCUAUCAAUGAAAAGGGUUCUUAAUGGAACCCCGCCUCUCCCAAAGAACCCAUGGAAACCCUUUAUUCAAAAAAGUGUUCUAUGGAUUAAAAGGGCACUUAGUGGAACCCUUAGUCUUAAAAAGACCCCCUGAAGAACCCUCUCCUCAACGGAGACCUUAACAGAACCCUGUGUCUCACAGAGAACCCUUGAAGAACCCUUUCUUUGAAAAAAGGGUUCUAUAGAUGAAAAGGCUCUUUAAUGGAACCCUGCAUCUCACAAAGAACCCUUGAAAAACCCUCUUCAAAAAAGUAUUCUAUGGAUGAGAAGGGCACUUAGUGGAACCCUUAGUUCUAAAAAAAAGACCCCUUGAAGAACCCUUUAUUUGAAAAAAGGGUUCUGUUAAUCAAAAGGCUCUUUAAUGGGACCCUGCAUCUCACAAAGAAUCCUUGAAGAACCCUUCCUCCAAACAAGUGUUCAAUGGAUGAGAAGGGCUCUUAAUUGAACCCUUAGUCUUACUAUAAGAAAACCCUUGAAGAACCUCUCUUCAAAAAAGGGUUCCUCAGAAGCAAAUGGUUCUGGGUAGAACCUUGGCCCUUCAGUACAAACCCUUUUGGAACCUUUAUUUCUAAGAGUGUGUCUCUUGUAUAUAUUCCAGGUCAGUGUUGGAGAUUAAACUUUGAUGAAAAAAUGUGAAUUUCAGACCUCAAACAGCGUUUUGUCAAAUGUUAUUACAAACCGAGGCCAUAUGUACAUAUAUCUCUCUCACACCAAAACGACGUUCCAUGCUUCCAUGUGCAAGAAUGUUUGUAUUUAUUUUUCGCUCCUCCCGCGGCGGAGAAUGUCUUUUAUAUAUAAUAACAACAACAUAACAGUGUGUUUGUGCCCAAGGGGAAGGAAUCAGAGUAUUGUUUGUGUUUGAUUUAGUUAGGAUUCCUCACUGAAACUCUCCUCCACCACCUCGCUCCCACUCCUCUGCUUGUAAGAUACUGUAAAAAUAACUCCAGCCUCCUUCCGACGCUACUCUUUGCAUGCUCGACCGAGAAAACACUACUGAGUAAAAUAGCUGCAUAGCACUACCCGCCACACGGCAUCUAUCUUGUGAAGAUUUUAAACCCAGACUUCAUUACCUUUUGAAUCUAUAUAUUUUCUCUGACCCUUUCACUCCUCUUCCCACCUGGUGUAGUCUCUCUGCACUUCCUGCACUGACUUGGGACGAUUGUGUUGCUGGACUUUUUAUCAGUACGAGUAGCUGACAUGAUGCACAAAAGAAUUAAGAUAAAUAAUAAAGGAGAAUAGACUUUGCUGUGUUUUAAGCACUUGUAUCGUGAGUUUAACAGCUGCACACAUGGACUGAGAAAAAAAAUCACAUUGCCAAAUAUUUUGAUAGAUUUUGCAGAUGUGGUUCGACUUGACGAUGAAUAUGGGAGCGUAUAGAGAUUGAAUGGGCACCUUGCUUUGUAGAUAUAAUGUGUGCUGCUUCAUGCAGAUCCUGCAGAUACCUACGCUCGCCUCACAGAGCAGCUAUGAUGACUCAUCCUGAAGGCAGACAGCGUUCAGUCAGUCAGUCGCCUUAAUGUCUCCUCUCUGCCCCUCUGUGCAUAGCGAGGGAUGACUGAGCCUUGUCUGUGUUGGAGAUCAUUCCACUACUUGGGCCAAUAAGCCAAGCCUUCCUGUCACUUAUCUCGUGUGUGUAAACGGCAUGUGCUACCAUGCCUGUCAGUGUGGUCGAUAUACAUAUAUAUAUAUAUGUAUAUCACCGCCGAAAUCAGUGCUGUCAGACUCUUGUGCUUACAAAGCUGUGCUUCUACUGGAGAGAGCUCCCUGUGUUUUUUCUGUGAGAAUGCCAUUUAUCGAUCGACUGGUGGAAAUGGGAAAAUUUCAGAGUGCAGCAUUCGAGGUGUGUGUGAUAACUGUGCUCUCAAAUUGGGGGCGUGCAAUUUCUACAUGUCGCCAGCAAAUCAAUCUUUGAAUCCUCCCCUAUUUCAAGCUUUCAGAGUCCAAGAACGCUGUUGUGCAGACUUUUAAUAUAUACCUGUAAAAUAUAAACUGAUUAUUUAAAUAAAAUAAUUAUUGUAAAACCAUAACGCUAACAGGCUUCAGUGAAAAGGGAGGAACAGACACUAAACAGUGCUGCUGGUUUUAAAAAGAUAAUCAGAUUUCUUCUCAUGUUUUUUUUGUUUUAUUUUAUUGCACAUAAGUGGUGUGAAGUUGUAGUACUAGUGUUACCCUCCAGAUGAGAUUUUCUUUGUGGCCUGCUCAUAGAAAGGUGUCAUAUUUAUAGUAGCUUGCAGGGUACUUGCAGUCGCAGAUACCCACCGGCCAAUGAAACAAACCCAGCUGUUUUUAUUUCGUUUUGAUGGAAACUAAUGAAAGCUUUUGGUGUGCACUGGUACACUUCUCAUGUCAUAACAUCCGAUUACUUGUUAGUAACUUAUAAAUACUUGACAGAAGAUUAUUUAUUGUGACAUUUGCUAAUUUUUUGCCCAUCCAUCAUUUUGUCAGGAUUUUUUAAUGGUUGAUAUUUUUUGUGUUGUAAUGUACGUCAUGGUUUUGAAAUGUAACUGUACAGUCUCAAGGAAAGAAUGUAACAAGUGGGAGUUUUGCAUUGUAUAUAACUGUAAUUAUUUAUGUUGAUUCUAUCAUUUGUAUCAUAUCAAUGCCUUGUACAGUGUUUUUUUUUCUUUUUUGUUUUAAAAUUAUUUUGUAUUUUA